AUGUCCUUCCCUAUCGUUAAUGGCGUCGAGGUGGCAGUUCCACCUCCCGAUGGGUACAAAGUGGACUUUGACAAUCCUGAGACGGAUGUGUCGAUGAUCCGCAAGGCGUUCUGGAUAUUUGGACUGGAGUUUGCUUUUGCGACUGCAUUCUUGGCACAGCGCAUGUAUACCAAUGCCGUGUUGUUACGGAAAUUUCUUCUUGAUGAUUGGUUGGUCCUCUUUGCUUGGAUCUUGUCCAUCGCCGCGCAGUCAUGUCUUCUCAGCGCGUAUAGUCGCAAGCUUCUUGGUGUCCACGCCUGGGAGAUGCCCGUCGACAGCAAUACCGAGUCAGCAAUGCUCGUCAUGUGCACAACGCUCACAUAUAUCCCGACGACCAUCCUAUCGAAAUUGACGCUAUGCUUCUUUUAUUUCCGCCUCUCGCCGUCGCUAUGGUACCAAUAUACUGUCUAUCUUACCGCCUUCAUCUGCACAACGAGUCUAGUCGGAAUCUGGUUCAGCGUUCUUUUUGCUUGCAAGCCGAUUGCGGCUGGUUGGGACGUUAGACUUUCCGUUGGUGCCACCUGUAUUAAUCGUCCUCCGAUCUACAUUACACAGGCUGCCUUCGGGUGCGUCACCGACUUGAUGUUGUUGCUGUUGCCUAUCCCAACUGUCGUUGGACUGCAGAUGUCCACGAGACAAAAGUUUGGCUUGGUUGGGUUGUUUGCUAUUGGUUCCAUCACCCUCAUCACAUCGAUUGUCCGAUUGGUCUUGUUGCUACCGAGUUUAUCGAACCCAGAUCAGAGUUGGUCCUUAGCUGAAGGUUGUCUCUGGGUUAUCAUCGAAGCCAAUCUUCUCAUCAUGUGCGGCUGUCUCCCCACCCUUCGUGUCUUCCUCAAGCACGUUGCCCCACGAGUUCUCGGCGAUCGAACUCAGAACAAACCAACCGAGGACAACAGCGGCAGUUAUGGGUUACGUACGUUCGGUGGCUCGAAUGGACCGCGACGCAGGUUUGAUACACUCGUGGAGUUGGAGCAUGAUGUCCACUUCAACAGAAACAGCUUGACGCCUGAUAUGGGGAAGACAAAUGUCAAGAUUUACAGUGGACGCUCAGAUGAGUCCUUGACGAAUCCAGGGGCGACGGGGGAUGGGGAUAGUGAGGAUGGGAUUUUGCAGACAAGGACGACGACGGUUCAGUACGAGAGGACAUAG